AUGUUGCUUGUAGAGGGCUGCCGGCCGCUGCUGCGGAAUUGGCCCUCCUUCCCCGCAGCAGUUGCUGGAGGAUGCAACGAGCGGAACAUUCUUGUGUUGGGUGCCAGCAGUUCCCCCCGUGCUGUGGUAUGCACUUCAGCAACGAUUGCAGCAGCAGUUUCGAUCUUAAAAGCGAAGGAAGCCGCAAGGCAGAGGCUACGUAAGCCACGGAAUGAUGGGAUUCAAGACGUAGGUUCAGACUUUCACCGCCAAGUGGAAUGCUACUGCAGUGCCGGCUGUGAAAAAAAUAGCCGCAGCAGGAUCGGAAGAAGGAGCUUUGAUAGGGGCUAUAACUGGAGUCUUUCUAGCAGCAAUUGCAGGACUGGCAUCAGCAGCCAUCACUCCCUCAGCCACAGGCGCAGUAGCAACAGCAACGGCAUCGGCGGCGGUGGGAGCGAAGGCGGGAGCACCUCCGACUCAACGACGUCCGGUAGUCUAUGUAGGAGGGAAGGCGCGUGGUGGUUUUCGGCAUGCUCCGUGCGUGGGCUCUUUGUGGUCGGUGCGCGUUGCUCCGUCUCCAGGGCCUACAGCAGUAGCAGCAGCAGCAGCGCCAGUGCAACCACAACCACCGGUGUUGGGUCUCACUACGAAACCCUAGGGGCCUAUGUGGCACUGGCCCUCAAAUUACAUCCAGACAGGAACAGAGACGACCCUAAUGCAGCAAUGCGCUUCAAUGAGAUAAGAGCGGCUUAUGAUGUUCUCUCCCAGCCGUUUACCCGUAGCCAUUACGACAGGCAAUGUGAAGGCACCAGAGGUGUAGGGGCUAUGGGUGAAGCAGUCUGGGAAGAAGAGACGGAGGAGCAGCGAACGCUUAGGAGGGAAAGAUACCAAAGAUACGCAGCAGAACAACGCAAUGACGUUCCCGUGGACGAUACCCCAGGAGUCGCGCCCGUCAUCUUAUGCGCCUUCCUCACGAUUGCCUACUUCUCAGUGGCGUACCCCAAGGCGCGUGAGGCUGAGGAGUGUUAUGGGGUUCACGACAGGGUCACCGCGCAAGAUACGCGGGGAGACACCUUAGUUAGGGCCUUCUACAACCCUCUUAGCUGCCAGUGGGAACGGAUACCCAAAGGGCUGGAGGCUCCCCUGCCGUCCGCCUUGCACACGAUGUAUGCCGUACGCCACCCUUCACUUCACCUCGAAAAGUCCCACAUGCCCAAGCAGUUGGCGGUGUCGCAGAUGCCGCAGUCUCAGACGGAACCUUCACGUCUUGCUCGAGACCCUAUAACUGGAGAGCAUGUUUGGACUGACGAGCUUUUGAAGCACAGCACCGGAAGCUGCAGUAGUCCAAGCAGCAGAAAGGGCGGCAACAGCAGCAACAGCAGCGGCGGUAGCCCAAACGAAGCUCUACCCUCGACAGCAAUUCAAGGGCAGCCCAAAGGGGCCGCAGCACUCUGUAGUUGA